AGUGUGUGUGUGUGGGGGAGGGGAGGAGAGAUUGAGGAACAGAAGCCCAUUUUUCUGUGGUUUCUUUCUGCAAUCGUUCUACGCACAGGAGAAUGAGAGUGUGGAAUUGUUUAAAAUAUGCAUGGCGGGCUGUUGGGAUAGAAUCUUCUUGCUGGUAUUUGUAAUCCACCCGUUGUCUGGCUUCGAAAUUUAUGCUAAAUCAGAAAUGAUCGCGGAAAAUGGGACAGAUGUCAGACUGUCAUGUACAUUUAAAUCAAAUAAAGUUGACCAAAGGACUUUGUCGGUUUAUUGGAGUUUCAAACCAGGAACUGGUGGGAAAGAUCAGCUUAUUUUAUAUUAUUUAGCGGGACAAUCUAAGUCUCAAGUUCCUGACCACAUUGUUUGGGAUGGUAAUGUCAACAGGAGUGAUGUUUCCAUUAUUAUAAAGAAUAUCGAUUUUAAAGAUAAUGGAACCUAUACCUGUCAAGUGAUCAAUCCAUCUGACUUCAGUAAGACUGCUGCAGAAAUUCUCUUGAAUGUUGUUGAACAAGGUUCUUUACCCAAACAUCCCAUCAUUGCAGGUGCAGUCAUUGGAGCAGUUGUAGGAUUACUGCUAAUUAUUGGCAUUGUGUACUUUAUCAAGAAAAAGAAAGAUGACCAACGGAAUGCUUAUAUUAGUUCUAUAGAAAAUGUCUUCCCAACUGAGCAACCUCUGAGAAGUUCAGCAGUAUCAGGUGUAAAGGACUCAAUGAAUCAUAGUUCUGUUGGCCCAUUCCAGGGGCCAGUAAUUUAUGCUCAACUAGAUCAUUCCGGACAAAGACAUUCCAACAAAAUCUACAAGUCUGAUUCAGUAGUUUAUUCUGAUAUCCAGAGAUCUUGAUUUAUAAAGUCACAGUGUAUUUAACUAAAUAAUCUGAACAGAGGAACAGGUAUGAGUAGCUGAAGUGCCAGCUACUGUUUGAUUUGUUUUUUUUCCUGUAACAUCUAGUAGUUGAUUUUCUGCAGAGGGAAAAACUAUUUUAAGUUUUAAAAAUGUGAUAAUAAGGGACCAUGGUUAGGAUGGUAAUCAUCCAUUUGUGAAAAUAUAUCAGGCUUUAUUUGGAAAGCUAUAGUGAAUUGGGAAUGGAUCUGCUUUUCUUAGUAGCUUAAAUCUGGGGAUUUGCCACAUCCAAGUGACUUAUUAACUGAUGAAUUAUGUUAUGAACCGAGAGGAAAAGUCACAGCUUUCCUCUUUUUAACCAACAUUUUUAACAAGAAAUUCUUCUUUAUCAUGUAACUAUUGCACUUUAAACAUAGUUAGCCAGUUCAAAAAUGAAGGAGAGCAAGAUCCAAAGUUUUCUCAGGCAAAAGAGGAUGGAGUAUUAAUGUCUAUUACCCCAAAACAAGUAAUAAUAAAAUUCAACAACAACAUAAAUACCAAUGCUGGAAAUCAAAGAAAAGAAGGUGGGGGUGUGUACUAAAAGACAGAAAAGACAAGGUAUGAUCUUAAGAGUCCUUUGGUUUGAAAAAAAUGAAAAGACCUGAGUCCAACUAUUUGGCUACUUUUUGUUUUGUUUCCUUUACAGUGGUGAAGCUCAGAUAAUCUAGAGUUCUGAGGAAAUCAUUGUUGUUCCAAGUUGCUUUUCAUCAGCUGGUUUCUCAGUUGGAUAGAGAUUAUGAAAAGCAGGCAGUGGGAAUAGUUCCCCGUAUUCAUGCUGUUAGAAGUCUAUGUUGUUUUCUGCCUUUUGCUUUUUGCUCAAAAGCUUACUGUUAAUGUGCUGUCCCUUUGCUUAUUCUGGUGUCUGUGUAAUUGUUUCCUUUCAAGCUUGAUAGUUAUAAGCAACUUUUAAUGGAAGAAAAAUAUAUGAAAAUUUUGUCACGCCUCACUAAAUUUCACAGCCUCUUGAUUGGAAUGGUAAUUUCAAAGUAGCUAGUUUUAUAUAUUUUGUGUGGGUUUCCUGUGCUUGGAUGAUGAUCACAGCAGCUAUUGUAGGUGAGCAGCAUUCUUUUAGUCCGUAAAUUAAAGUCAAGUGAUGCAAGUUGAAUAUUGGGAGCCCAUUUUCAUUGCAAUCGUAACAGUCAUAAAACAUUUCUAAUAUGUGGGCUUCAGCAAACUUGCGCUUCCCUUUAACUCAUGUGACUGCAACCUUACUCAUGUCAUUUCUGGCUGUGAUAACUGUUCCAGCAAAGAUUUGAGAGGUUUACACGCUGAAAAACAGAAACAAAUUGAUAAUGCAGCCUUGCUGUUCUACAUAGAAUAUGUAUUUUGAGGAGCAAAAUAUGCCUACUCCAGAAAUUUUCAGUAUCUUCCACUCCAGAUCACUCAUGCAAUUAUCUGGACUACCGACUAUAAUUGGAGAAUGUGGAGAAUAAUAAUGAGUCUGCAUAUUUGAGUUAUAAUUCAAAACAUACACUACCACUGACAUUUUGCAAAAUAUUGCCUGCUGCAAGAUUGGUUAAAUUAGUGUUUUUAUUCACUUAGGUGUUAUCGUUAUGGAUGAUGAUACAGUGAAGUACACUUUCUAUAACAGCAUAAAGCUGAUUUCAGAAAGCUUUGGAGCUUCAUGGUGACAAUGAAGGCAAGGUCUUAUAUUGAGGCUGAGCUUUAAUUUAAAACCAUGCCAUUUGAUAAAUAGAAUUAAUUCACUGGCUUUUACCAUCACUUAUUGACUUGGAAAACAAGAACACAGUGGAACAUUCUUCACUAUUCAGCAUUUUGAAAUGCAUUUUAGUGAAAUGAAAUUUGAGUAGCAGAGAUUUUGGAUUUUUAGACUUGUCGUAUUAAUGGAUCACUUUUUACAUCAAUAAAAGCUUGACAAAUCAUACAUUUACACAGAUUGCUUGUUGCAUACCUGCUGAAUAGUUUAGAUAAUCAACAGCUUUAGAUUCUGUAAAUUUUGGGUAAUUAAAAUUGACAUUAUUGUACAGUAUUUAGGAUUCAAAACUAAAAUAGCAAAGCAUUCUAAUAAAAGCAAGACCUUUCAGGCAUUUAUUAGAUGAGCAAGAUAAAGUCUCAGGAGAUGAUGCUAAAUUGAUGCCUUGCUUCAGUCUUCACCAAAGAGGCUGAGAAGAGCUAAAAUGGCCAAUCUGGAGUGAGGUCCCAACUGUUAAGAUAGAAAGAAGAUGCUAAACAGUGAUUUAACUGUAGUAGAACAGCUUGGGUAAGGGCCCAGUAAUGUUUGGAGCACAGUCUUCAAUACUAUUGCUAAUCUGAAGAGAGGUCGCAACUGUUAAAAUAGAAAGAAGAGUCAAAUAAAUGUAGCCGCAACUUGAGAACAAGCUGCCGCUUGUAUAUUAGCACAGAUUUUGUAUUGUCUGUUCAUAAUAGAUACAUUGUUUUACGUAUAUAAAAUUUCAAAUUUUAAAAUAUGUCUUUGAUUUGUACUUUUUAAAAUUCUUGCUCUUUUUAUGAGUUUAGGGCUGGGGGAAAUUCAGCAGAGAGAGAUAGAGGAGUUGGGGAUGUAAUGUUGGUAAUGUGGGGGAAGAAGCAAUGACAGCAAGUAGGUUUGACCUGGAAUGACAAUGCUCACACUGCAUCACCAACACAGAUGGCAAUUUGAUUGACUCCAAUUGUUAUCAAGUUGAAGGCACUGGAUGCUGCAAAAUAUAUGAGCCCAUAAUCGCCACAUUCAGCAGUAGUAUUGACGAUUGUGCUCCAAAAAUUAUUAGACUGUUACACAAACUGUUCCAGUACAGUUAAACCUCUGGCAUUUGUCCGCCAACAUGGAAAGUUGCUCAGUCAGGCCAAUUACCAUCCCAUAAGUCUACUCUUGAUCAUCAGCAAAGUGAUCAAAAAUAGUGCUGACAGUGGCAUCAAGUGGCAUUUAGUCAACCCUAAUCUGAUCCCAGUGCCUAGCUUGAGUUAUGCUGGGGUCAUUUGGCUCAAGAUCUCUCUACAGCCUAAGUCCAAACAUGGACAAAAGAGCUGAACUGAAAAGAACAUAAUUAGUCGCCCUUUACAUGAAGACAGUAUUUGACUCAGUGUUAUAUCAAGGAGACUUGGUAAAAUCUAGGUCACUUUGAAAUGGAAGGGUGGAGAAACUCCUCAAUAGCUGGAGUCAUACUAAGUAUAAAAGAAGGUGAUUGUGUUUGUUGGAAGCCAAUUAUCUGAGUCUCCUGAUAUUCUUAAGGAGAUCUUUGGUUUAUGUCCUAUAACCCAACCACAGCUGCUUUAUCAAUGGAACCUUCUACCCAUCACUAGGUAAGAAGGGCAGAUGUUUGCAGUUAAUUGCAUUAUCAUUUGUAACGCCAAAGAUACUGAAACUAUCUGUGCCCAUAACAGCAAGAGCUGAACAGUGUUCAGGCCUGGGCUGAAAAGUUCAAGUAACUUUUAUCUCACACAGUAGCAAUGAUCAUCCCCAACAAGAAAACCUAACCAUCUCCCCAUGAUGUUUAAGGGCAUUGGAGUGAUUGUAACAAGGUCAUCCAGGUGGAUUUUGUGGAAUAUGAGUUCCCUGAUUGGGGCUGUCAUUCUAGUUAAAUCAGGGAGCCCUGGCUGACAAAUAAAAAGGGAAGAGGCAGCAAUACUGACACUCUGAUAGCUGACUCUGAAGAGGCAGUUCACAAAUCAAGGACUGUUUGUGUGUAAAUGAAGAGUGACAUGGUGAUGGGAUACUGGCAUCUGGUGUUAUUUCACUGAAUUCUCUACUGUCAACAUUGUGGGGUUAUGAUUGACCAAAAACUGAUUUAGACCAGAACAUAAAUACUAUAGAUACAAGAACAGGUCAGAAAGCAGGAAUUCUGAGGCAAGUAAUCUCUUGACUCAAAGCUACAAAGCCUCCCUUUCUUCAAGACACAAGUUAAGCAUGAUAUUCACUUAUUUGAUGGCUGCAGCCCCAGCAACAUCCAUGACAAUGCAGUCCACUUGAUUGGGCCCCAUCCAUCAGUUUAUACAUUCACUGAUAACUCAGUGUCAGGUCUGCACCAUUUGCAAAAUGCAUGCAGCAACUCAUUGAUGCUCCUUCGCAGCACCUCCCACACCACGUCUACCAAGCUGAAUGGACAAGGCCAGCAAACACGUGGGAUUGCUGUCAUUUCACAUUUCCCUCCAAACCACAAGCUGUCCAAUUUGGAACUAAAUUGUUGUUCCUUCACUUGCUGGAUAAAAGUCCUGCAAAUCCCGUUCCCCCCAUCACUGUGGGUAUUUCUGCACCAAUUCGACUGUCUUGGUUCUAAAAGGUAGCUCACUACGCAUGACCUCAAGUGUGAUUAGAGAUGAACUGCACAGAUUGGCCGUACCAGUAAUACCCACAUAAUCUUAAAAAUUAUUUUACAAGUUUUGUAUGUGAAUUCUAUUAUAAAAGCAGAUAGUUAACCCCUUGACGGCAUAUAAAUGAAAAAUUUGAAGAGACAGCCUUUGUAUUUACGUACUGUGGUCACAGCCAUUAACUAAUGCAUGGAUGAAGGCCUCUGCAGUGAAUGCCUGUGCCAAAAUGAUAUAUUUUGUGACUUUUUUUUUCUUUCUAGCUUUAUGCUAAACUGAUUUUUUUUAGUUGCUAUUUUGUCCCUUACUGACUGAAGUAGAAUGUUGCUUGUAAUUUUUUUUUGCAAGACAACCAGUGCCAACUAUUGUGUUGCUAUUUGCAGUCUCAUUUGAAGUUCAGCUCUAGUAUCUCGUGUUUAAUUACUAGCUAAUUAAUUCACUAUGCCUUUUUCCCCCAAAUUGCUUAAAUUACACUUCUCUGGAAACUAGUCUGUAACUAGCUUGGAAUUCCCGAAUAGCAUUGUGGGUCUACAUACGGUGCACGGACCAUAGUGUUUUAAGAAGGCAAAUCACCACCUCCUCCUCCAGGGUAACUAGAGAUGGGCAUUAACUGCUGACUCAGCCAGUUACAGCCACAUCUCAUAAAUGAACUAAAGAAAGCGUAUUAUUGGACACAACAGUUAUACCAAGUCCAGAGGUCUUUGGUUAGUGUAGGGAAAAAGAAUGUGACCACAUGAUAUAUCUGCAAUGGUGGGUGAGCAGCUGACCAGAUACUUAAAGAGCCAUAUUAAUUGUGUUUCGCAAAACUUCUUGCUAAGAGGAGUAAACUAACUCAUGUGAGAAUAUAAUAGGAGGUACCUUGGUGAAUGGUGAAUCAUUCUUUGGUUCAGUAGUCUGAUAAGGAGUCAAAACAUUUAGUCUGGUUAGAUGGCCUUAAGAAUGAAUGUCUGAUACCCGACAGACAAGGUUUCCGACUAAGUGAAAUGUCUGAGUGUCUAACUCUUCAUGGGGAGCUGGAGGAUGCUUCCCGUGAUGAAGUGCUUGGUGAAGGACAAAAAUCACACAUUAGGUUUGCAAGAACCCCAGAGUAAUAGAAAGAUAACUUGAGGUUGGGCUUCUCUCCAUGUCUGAAUAAAAUAACUCUAUGUUCAAUAGGGCAUUUUUUUAUUUAAAGGAUAAACUUUACCAGACUGUAUUUUAAUUGUGAUGCAGAGGACUUCUAUGAGUAGAGCCAUGCAGACUUCAGUCAGACACCCUUAGUUCAAAGAAUUAGAACAUAGGUUUCACUCUAUAUAUUUGAAAUUCCCUCACUAGAUGGCAUUCCAAAUAAAGCUGAUAGAAAUAUACUGCAGUCAAAGCUUCAUUGACUAUUCUAACAAUUACAUUUUACUACCAAGUCUGAAUUCUGCAUUUGAUGUUUUCACUUUAUAUAUACAUAAUAUAGACCAAUGGAACCUGUUUUCAACUUUGCUAAUUAUUUUAUUGUCGCUCAUUUUAUAUUUAGGUCAAGAUUAUCGAACUAUAGCUUCUGUUUACUUUAUAUGCAACCUUUGAAAAUAUCAAAAUUAUGUAAUAACCUGUGUGUACUUCCAAGUAUGUAAAUAUGCAAGCUCAAUUAUCUGCAAUGCCUGUCAUUUGCCUUAAAUAAGGAAAAAUGGAUUGUAAUUGCAUAUCGGUACAAAUCAGAAAAAUCAUCGUAUUUGAAUAUUUAAUUUCACUUGAUGUAAUCCGAAUUUUGAAGACAAACAUUCCAGGUAGUCUAUUUCUAAAAUCCAUUUGGUAGAUGCCACUUAGGAAUCUAUGAAAAGAUUAACAAAUUCAAGCAUGACUUCACCCAAGUCACAUGCCUUACAACUACUGUAACAGUAUUUAGUAAAUAAGUAAGAAAAAGGUGACAAUGAUCAUUUCUCAGGAUAACAAAAGCAAAUUUGUGCAGUGAAGUUAGUGCACAUGGGAAAUCCAAGAGGGAAAUCUAAAUGGAUUCUACAGAAAAGUGAUCAAUUCACUGAUGCAGUAGCUGUGAUGGUUUGCUUCUACAUUAUUCUUGAGCAGCAUGUACCUUAAAUUGACAUUCUUCUUUAUGAAAUGUCUAAAAUUAUGUAAUGUCUAAAAUUAUAUUCUACCAAUCUUGUAUUCAAAGUCUUGUUCAGGUAUUCUAGAAUUGCUGAAGUGCAUAUAAUCAGUUUGUUUGCUAAAUUGUUUUGUCUGUAAACUGUUCUCUACUUGUCUUAGCUGUGCAAGAAUUUAUUUCAUUGUUAAAUAUGAAGGAUAUUUGAAAUUUUAAAUGUAUAAAGAAAACGUUUUACCCCAAGGCUCAUGACUGUUUGUUUGACAGAAUUUCACAAAAUUGAACAAAAUAAAUUACUUCAAAAACUGAAAGAACUGUGGAUGCUGGAAAUCAGAAAUGAAACCAGAAAUUUCUGGGAAAACUUAGCAGAUCUGGCAGGAUCUGUGGAGAGAAGUCAGAUUUAACGUUUCAGGUCCAGUGACCCUUCUUCAGAACACAAAUAUUUAUGAGGAUUAUCAUGUAAAUGCUUUCCAUGCUUUUAUUUUACAGGAUGAGGCCUAUUAAUUUCCACUGGUGGCAUAUUUGCCACCACUAAAAUUUGUAAGAUUUGCUGCUGCUGCAUGGAUUAUUUCAAUAAAGGAUUGUCCUAGGAAUUUUAUAUGAAGAUAUAAUAGCCUUCACCACUAAGAAUGUUCUCGCUAACUUUCUGGAUUACUUUUUGACAUUAAAGCAAGUAGAUUUAUCAUGAA